UACAUAUAGUUUUACACAUUUUACAAAAGUUUUUGAAUAAGAUAAAUGGUCAAACAUGUUUAAAAAAGUCAACGGCGUGGAGGGAGUAUAUUUUUAGGAGAUAAAUGAAGACCAGGAACGGAACCGCGGCGCGGCGGCGUGCAUGGGCGGCUCCGAUGGAACCGGUGGCCGCUCCGGCCGCGGGCUCCGGCUCAGCCCCACCUGCUACGCGGAAACGGAAACAGCGGCGGCGGGGGGAGCCAUGAGCCAUCGAGGGGAACGACGCUCACAGGGGCGCUGUCGCGGUUGCGGACGUUGAAGCGAGCGGCGGCGGCGUAGAUUCCGUCGGCGGGGGAAUCGAAUCGGGCGGAGGUGCCAUGCCGAGCGCCGGCUGGUUGUGCGCCGACGGCGUCACGAUCGGAUCGGCGCCUCCGCCAACUUCGGUGUGACUCCGCGCUCUCCAUCGAUUUUAACCAAGCUGCAGGGAAAGGAAGGUUGUUCAACUUAAUCAAAUCGUGUUGAUAGUGCCCGAAUUCCUCGUAGUUUCAUUUGGUAGGUUGGAUGCAUAAGGGUAGAGUAGUGGUUAAUUAGCUUGGGGAAUGGAGACUACAAGAAGCUCAAGUGCCAUCUGCCUAGUCAGUGGAGAUUGAGAGAGCAUCAGUUCAACAUAUGGAGAGGUUCGCAAGUAUGAGAGUUGUGUUUUCGCUAUCUGUACUUGCAGUUCUGCUGCUACAGCUGCUGUUGGGUGUAGCAACGGCGGCAGCAGCUAAUUGCAGCACCCACUGUGGCAACAUCGGAAUCUCCUAUCCAUUUGGAGUAGAGCCUGGCUGCUACCACGAGGGCUUCAACCUCACCUGCGAUCGCUCGCACAAGCCGCCCAAGCUGUUCCUUGGUGAUGGCUCCGUUGAAGUGCUCGAGAUCUCGAUUCCUAGUGGCACGGUGCGCAUCAACAGCAGCAGUAUCGUUCCAGUAUCAACAUCAAGUGCUGUUGGAACUGGCAGUGUCAACAAGACAGGGAAAUACCACACAUGGGGUGGACUGAGAAAGGGCGGCCCGUUCUUCAUCUCGCCGUACAAGAACAAGUUCCUGGUUCUAUCAUGCAGCAAUGUUCAAGUUCUUCUUCUUGGAGGCGAUAAUUCCACUGUCAAUGCCUGUGCUACUUACUGCCCUCCAGCCCCCAAGAAAGGCCAACCUUUUCAGUUCCCAAUGCGCAACGAGUGUUCUGGUAUUGGCUGCUGCAGUGCGGCCAUCCCCAAAGGCUACACAUCCUAUAGCAUCCAGAUCCAACCUGCCAAUGAAAUUUCAGAGUUUGAUGCAGAGUCCUCUGUGUACAUAGCUGAGGAGGGGUCCUAUAAUGCCACACGCCUUAUCUUUGAAACUGUCAGUGCACUCCCAGCUUUGCUGGACUGGGCUAUUAGCAAUUCGACAUGUGGUACGAAGCCAUCUGCAGCCCCUGCACCUGCAUGCCGCAGCAGUAACAGCUAUUGUCAAAACUAUACAAGCUAUGUCUACAAUGGCUAUCAGUGUCGCUGCAAUGCUGGUUAUCAAGGCAACCCUUACAUUCCAAACGGAUGCCAAGACAUUGACGAAUGUUCACACUGGAAACUCCACUCAUGCUAUGGUACCUGCGUAAAUAUGCCCGGAACAUUUCAUUGCCGCUGUCCUGAUGGGACUUACGGCAAUCCCUUGAUGGAAGGGGGAUGCAUCAAGAUAAAGAAUUCCUCUCAAGGUUUAAGCAUUGGUCUUGUAGUCAGUGGCGGCACAGUUCUUUUGCUUCUGGCUCUUUGUGCUCCCCUCGCAACACGUAAGAUUAAGCUACGGAAGAUGAAGAAAACAAAAGAAAGAUUUUUCAAGCAAAAUCAUGGGUUGCUAUUGCAGCAAUUAAUUUCACAAAAGGUGGACAUUGGGGAAAGAAUGAUCAUUACCUUAUCAGAUCUAGAGAAGGCCACAAACAAUUUUGAUAAAAGUCGUGAGGUUGGUGGGGGAGGGCAUGGCAUUGUGUACAAGGGAAUACUUGACCUACAUGUUGUGGCCAUCAAGAAAUCAAAGAUAGUAGUACAACGAGAAAUUGACCAAUUCAUAAAUGAGGUUGCAGUUCUUUCCCAAAUCAACCAUAGAAAUGUAGUGAAGCUCCUAGGAUGCUGCCUUGAGACAGAAGUUCCAUUGUUGGUUUAUGAGUUUGUUUCAAAUGGAACACUUUAUGAUCAUCUUCAUGUUGAAGGGCCAAUGUCAGUUCCGUGGGAUGACCGACUAAGGAUUGCACUUGAAGUUGCUAGAGCUGUUGCGUAUCUGCAUUCAGCUAGUUCUAUGCCAAUAUUCCAUAGAGAUAUUAAAUCUUCCAAUAUACUUCUUGAUGAUAGCUUGACAGCAAAGGUGUCAGACUUUGGAGCUUCAAGGUACAUUCCAAUCGAUCAAACAGGAGUGACAACAGCUGUUCAGGGAACAUUUGGAUAUUUAGAUCCAAUGUACUAUUACACUGGAAGGCUAACUGACAGGAGUGAUGUUUUUAGUUUUGGUGUUCUUCUCGUGGAAUUGCUUACUAGAAAGAAGCCGUUUGUACACACCUCUAGCAACGGCGAUGCUCUUGUUUUACAUUUUGUUUCACUACAUACAGAAAACAACUUGGUCGACAUAUUAGAUCCUCAAGUCAUGGAAGAGGGAGAUGGAGAAGUCCAAGAAGUAGCUGCACUAGCAGCAACGUGUAUUAAAUUGAAGGGAGAUGACCGGCCUACAAUGAGAGAAGUGGAGAUGGCACUUGAAAAUAUACGAGUUAAGAAGAAGCAUGCUACACUUGGUACAACAUCAAAUAGAUGUGAUGGGGACCAAAUUGUAUGUGAUUAUUUGUCGACUAGAGGAAUCACUGACGAAUCAACAAGACAAUACACUAUGGAAGAGGAAAUAUUGUCGUCUGGUACCUAUCCUCGAUGAUGUUUGUCUUUGGCCUGAACUAGAAUUGCUGUUUGUUAUAUGUACAACGUUUGUAAAGCAUGUCAGUAGUGCAAGAAGUGAUCUUGCUUUAUUGUUUUGGAAAUGAAGAAUUGUUUCUAUCCCGUCAUAAACAAUUCCCGAAAUCUUUUCGUUGGCAGCGAAUGUCUGGCUCAGUUGAAUUCAUACAUUCUAGAUAAAUCAAUGCAUGUAAACAUAACAAUGGAAGGCAAUUAUAUAUUUUUCUCUA